UUAUACGUUUUUAUCCAUUUCUCUUUGAAUAUCGUAUUCCGUAGUAAACUUCGUAAAUAAGACGCAGAUUUGGCAGCACUAGUAUUAUAGCGUUUAGUACAGUUAUGUACAUAUAUCGAGAUAGAGAGAGAAAGAGACUAUUAAAUCCAGAAACACAAAGAAUUUUCGUAGUGGGGUGGAAAUUGUUAUCCCCAAGUGUGUUCGUUUUAUUUCCCUUUGUCUUAUCUACGUCAUUUACGAUGCUUAUGAUAAUAGAUACUUUUUGUAAUUUGUAUUUUUCCUAGAUCACUCACGAGAUGUUUGACAUUCGCAGAAACGCAGCUGAUAUUUCUGCUAAAUUCACCCAUUAAAUCUUUAUCUAUCUAUGAGAAUUUUUCUUUAUUGAAUUUCAGAUGGACCGAGCCGAAAACGCAAUUUCUUAGAUUUUUCAAAUGCGCAACGAUAAAUUUCAAGGAUAAUAGGAAUCGUUCUAAAUUCAUUACCGGGACAAAGAAAGAUUGAGAAACAAAAGAAAUGCCGAAAAUUUUCUAAUGACUAAUCGUGCAAUAUAUAUUACAAGUUUGAAAAUAACUAACUGAUCAAUUACAAAAAUAGCAAUGAUUGCAACAACGCUCGCUAAACAAGGUUAAACAAAGUUAAAUGUUAUUUUUAUGCGAGAAUACUGAUAUGUUUUUGUAUAUUCUUAAAAUAACUUUUAAAGCUUUGUCUGAAAUCUGAUGUGUAGUAUGGAGAAUUUGGGGUUAAGUGUCAUCGAGAAAUUUCACAACGGUAGCUUAACGUAAAAGCAUCUCUACUCGUUGUUUAUAAUAUACGAGAGAACAGUUAACAAAAUGGAAGUGAAUAAUUCAAAUGAAGAUUCGAUAGAAGUGUCACAAUCACUUAUAACACGUGUUUAUUAUGCUGCUAAAGAGGGUAUGGCUAUUGCCCUUUAUGAUCUUCUCAGUUCUAAGUCUCCUGAACAAGUUAAUCAGCUGAUUAAUCAGAAAGUGUUAGAAAAAGAUGGACAACAAUGUACACCUUUAAUAAUUGCUGCCCGAUAUGGUCAUGAUCAAGUAGUUACAAUAUUACUUGAUAAAUUUAAACCUGAUUUAGAACAAGAAGGAACAGUGAAAUUUGAUGGAAGUGUUAUUGAAAAAGCAAGUGCACUUUGGUGUGCUGCUGGUGCAGGACACUUGACAGUUGUGAAAACUUUAGUAAAAGCAGGUGCGAAUGUAAAUCAUCCGACUGAAAGUCAAUCGACUCCUUUGAGAGCGGCUUGUUUCGAUGGACGAUUAGAUAUAGCUAAAUAUUUAAUGGAACAUAACGCUGAUAUGAACAUCACAAAUCAUUAUAAUAAUACGUGCCUAAUGAUUGCAUCGUAUAAAGGUCAUGUUGAUGUUGUGACAUUUCUUUUAGAACAAGGUGCAAAUCCAAAUGAAAAAUCAAAAUAUGGUUCCACAGCUUUGCACUUAGCUUCUAAAUGCGGGCAUAUUGCCAUAAUUUGUGAAUUAUUAAAAUUUGGAGCAAAAAUGACAAAGGACGAUAAUGGAAUGACACCAUUAACAGUAGCAGCAGAACGUACCAGAACUGAUGUUGUGGAAUGUUUAAUAAAAUAUACAGAAGUUAGUAAAGAAGAAAUAAUUGAAGCAUACGAACUCUUAGGUGCUUCUUAUUCUAACAGUGUCUCUGAAGGCAGCGAUCCUUUAGCAAAAGCAUACAGAUAUUUACGAAAAGCAAUGGAGCUUAGGUUUAGCGAUCCUGACAACAUUAUUUAUAAACGUUUAGGCGAACCAGUGAAAGCAUAUGGUAAUUGGAAAGAAUGCGAAACAUUGGAAGAAUUCGAACGCAUUAGGGUUAAUCCGAAUGCUCUCAAUAUGGAGUCAUUAGCUAUUCGAGAAAGAAUCUUAGGGCAACAUAAUCCAGCAGUACCAAAUCAUAUAGUAUUCAGAGGAGCGGUAUUUGCAGACAAUGCUAAAUUUGAUAGAUGUAUCGAUCUAUGGCUUCAUGCUUUGUAUCUGAAACAAUUAAAUAAUGUUUCCGUUGUGAAGGAUCUUCUUAGGUUUGCACAGGUAUUCUCACAAAUGAUACACGUGGGAGUGGAUUUUGAUUUCUCUCAGGUUUUGAGCGUUCUGCAGGCUUGUGUAACAGAACUUGACCGCAAUAAAUCUGUAAUCAGUGUUUCUGUUUCCGAAGAAGAUAUCGAACAGUAUGUUGAAAUAACGCAGGAGGAAAUGAAAUCAAAUAUUAUAAGCACAUUAUACAUAUUAUCAAUAGUAACGAAACUUUUAACAUUGAACGAAAGUCGAUACACAGAACAGGAAAAAAUAAAGGCACGUUGUUUAGUUCAUAAACUGUGUCUUCUGCAAACGCGUUUAAAGGAUGGACAAACAUUACUACAUCUCGCUGUAAAUGCCGAGACGCCUGUGGAUGAUUUCUAUAUCAACGACGCUUGCAAAUUUCCGUGUGCUGCGACAACAAAACUACUUAUACGUUGUGGAGCUGACGUAAAUGCAAUGGACAAUGAUAGGAAUACUCCAUUGCACAUAAUUGUUGGUUGCAAAAAAUCAAUUAGUGAUUUCGACACUCUUUAUUCUAUUAUUAUGGAGCUUAUAGAAGCUGGAGCACAUAUGGACACUGUAAACAGUAUGGGCGAAACACCUUAUGCUGCAGCUAUUGCAGGUGAGGCAGAAAUAAUAUUGAGGACCCAGAGAAAGUUAUCGUUAAAAUGUAUAGCUGCAAAGGUAAUAAAAGCUCAUAACUUAUCAUAUCAUGAAAAAGUACCACGUUCCUUGGAAAGUUUUAUUGAACUACAUGGACCAGGAGGUAAUUAAGGUUGACAUCAUUAUCGUAUCAAUGAUAAACUUUUUAAUGAAUAUAUUAUAAAACUAAUUGCAUAAAAAUUAUACAAUUAUGUAAUAAGAUUUUAGUAAUAACGAAAUUACAUAAAAGAUUUAUUUUUUGAUGAUGUAAACUUUUUAGGAAAGUUAAUUUACAAAAUCUCAAAAUAAUGAUUCACAUAGUCAAUAUGAUAGUAGACAGUUAUCCAAUAAUAAUUUGUGUAUUAAUUAACUGUGAAGUUUUUUAAAAUUAAAAACACAAAAAAUAUGUUUAUGUUGUUAUAUAUGAAUAACGAGUUAUUUUUAAGAAUAACGAAUUGUGUGAUAGUUAUUUCUAUAGGUAAAACCUGCUUUGUACAAACAAAUAUUAUAACUUUUGAAUAAUCAAGCUCACAAGGAGAUCACACUGAAAUGUUACGAAACGAAUUUAAUAAAACUUUGUAAACAGGCAAAUAUCUGAAACAUAUAAUUUAUAACAUGGCUAUAGACAUUUCGUUUGUAACAUGUGGCAUGAAGAUGUUAACUUUGUCUAUUUGUGAGCCUAAUUAAAAUAGUUAAAAUUAUUAUUAUCUUGGAGAAUAUAAAUCCUUUAACUACCUCUUAUUAUUUUAUUAUCUAAGAGAAGCAUUUAAACAUAUUUCGAAAUAUAUUAACAUUGUCUUAACAAAGUUUUGUCAUAGAAUUAUUAGAUUG